GACGAUGCCAUGCCCUGUCGUGACCAGGCGGAAGCGGAUGCCACACACGGCGUUGCCCUCGCCAACAUCUUUGUGGAUGCACCAUAUAACCGCACGGGCUUCACGCUCGUCAGCACACAAGCUGACCGGCUAACCGCGGCCAUCGUGCGCCUCAGCCGCGCCGCCCUGCAACUACGCGACCUACGUUCCCACGUUGCCACCCACCCGCGACUUGGCAUCGUAGACCACAUUUCACUACACCCGCUGGGCAGCUUGUCUGAAUCGGCGGUAGCGGCGACGGCAGUAGCAGGGCAGAAGCCGUUGGAGCCGGCCCCGGCGCUGCCAGUGUAUCUGUACGGCUUUGCGCACCCCUCCCGGCGGUGUCUAUCAGAAGUACGGCGGCAACUGGGUAGCAACGGCAACGGCACCUACCAGCCGCAGCCGCAGCCGCCGCCGCUGCCGGACCCUGAUGACCUGUUGCGGUUCCCGCCGGACCUGGGCCCUUCAGAACCGCCACCACAGUCAGGAUUGGUGACGAUUGGUGCCGUGCCGUGGGUGGUGAAUUACAAUGUGCCACUACAGGACGUGGAUUUGGCGGAAGCGAAAUGGCUGGCGAGGGCGGUUUCAGAGCGAGGCGGUGGCUUGCCUGGCGUGGAGGCAAUGGCGCUGAAGCACGCGGACGACACGGUGGAGGUGGCCUGCAACCUCCUGGACGAGACACUCUCAUCCCCACAUGCCGUACAGGCUCGGUUGGAAGCUCUCGCCUCCUCCCGCGGACUGGACCAAUGGGCCGUGCUGUGGGGCUACCGCACCAACAAGAGCCCGGAGGAGCUGCUGCACGCAGCUGCAGCGGCCCUGGCCGCCAAAGCGGCGGAGCAGCGGCGGCGCGGGGGCUAG